UGGCAUUUAAUAUCAACCUUCUGUUGUUGUCCAUUCGACCAAUUUUGGAUUCUGAAGCAACAAUUGCAAUACAUCUCUCUCUGAUCACCAUUUCAUGACAGACAAGUUCUGCUACAUGCUGAUGAGAAUCAAUAUUGACUGCAAUGGUUGCUACAGAAAAGUAAGGAGAGCUCUUCUUGAUAUGCGAGAGUUGGAGACACAUUUGAUAGAGAAGAAGGAGUGCAGGGUGAGCGUGUUUGGCAGAUUUAUCCCACAGGACGUAGCGAUCAAGAUAAGGAAGAAGACAAAUCGCAGAGUUGAGAUACUGGACAUACAAGAACUUAUCAGCAACAAUAGUAACACCAAUGAUGAAGAAAACCAAGAUCAGCAGCAGACGCCCUUGAUCACUUCUUGGAAUAAUCCCAUAUCAUACCCCAACCAAAGUUGAAACCACUUGUAUGCAUGUGUGAUGUAAAGCUUCUUCUUUAAUUUUAGCAAGAUUUUCGCUUCAAGUUAAGUGCAUAUCAAGUGGGACUUUUUUUAAUACUAUGUUCCCAUACGUGCUAAUAAUUCAAAGGAGUCGGCUGUGUGCACAUGAUGACGAUUUCAUUAUGAAGCCAUAAAAACAGAAAUUAUGGAGGGCAGAGAGAAGCCUGCAGAUGGUGCAAACUGGUUGGUCAAGUUGAUUGUCAGUCAUAUUGCGAAGAAAAUAGGCAAGCCAAGCAUGUUAGAGACGGACUGAUCUAGCUGUUGUUGGUUUCUUUUGUUUUUUCUAAUUUUAAACACAAGCAAUGUUAGAGAUAAAUAAUUUAAACACAGAAUCUCGGACAUAAGAUUAAUCACUCGAACUAGAAGCCUCGAAUGAUUUGAUUGUUUAUGAACAAUAAAACACUCUCUUUUUACACAGCUUUUCUUUCUUACUAAAUUUGAGUGGCGUACAAUUAAAAAUUUCAAUUAUAAAAAAUAAAAAAAGAAGAAAAAAUCUCCUAGUUUGUUGAGGGGCUACUACAUCAUUACGCAACUCUUCCCAAUGAUAAAGUCGUAUCUGGAUAAAGUAACGGCGCUGCGUCUACCCCGUCACAAAACUGAAAACUGAAACCGUGAAACUUUCUUACAAUUUCUGUACCUGAUUUAUUUAACCUAUCUCCUACUCUUCAAUCUAGUUCCAUGACAUCAGACCAAAAUAAUAAUUUGGCAAGCUACAAACCACAAAAAGACUCUUUCUUUAUAGUUGUUUUACUGUGAUCCACUCCAAACCAAAACAUUGUCUCUCACUCUCAAGGCUCUAAUCCCCCCAAAAACAGUAUCACCACAAAUAAAGGGCGAGAAUUUCUAACUCUAGCUCUCUCACACCCUUUGUUGUAUUACAAGACUUCCAUUAUUCCCUCUGUUUUCUUCUGUUCUCUUGAAAAAAUGGCAGCAAAGUUGGGUUCUUUCAAGUACAAUUUCCAAGAGAAAAGAGAGAGGUUGCUCUCAACCCAGAAGGGGUACUCCGAGCUGGGAUUCGUCCACAUCGAGGAACAAGAGCCAUAUGGGUCUCCUCGCUGCUGCACUUUUCGAUCAGUUUCCGAUAGAAUUGUGAGCUGGUGCAGGACUGUACAAAAUGUUUCUAACCGGGCAAUUCGGAUGGGUCAAUCCGAUCCGAGAAAGAUCGUAUUCGCGGCCAAGAUGGGUCUGGCCUUGAUGAUCAUUUCGUUGCUGAUUUUCCUCAAAGAGCCUUUCAAGCAGCUCAGUCGUUACUCGGUCUGGGCCAUCCUCACUGUUGUGGUAGUAUUUGAGUUUAGCAUAGGAGCGACUCUGAGCAAAGGAUUUAACCGUGGGUUAGGUACAUUUUCUGCUGGAGGCCUUGCUUUGGGUAUGGCGCACUUAUGUGGGCUAGCUGGAGAGUGGGAAGAAGCUGUUAUUUUCGCUAGUAUCUUUAUCAUAGGAUUUCUUGCAACUUAUGCAAAGCUAUACCCAACAAUGAAGCCUUAUGAAUAUGGGUUUCGAGUGUUCUUGUUGACAUAUUGUUUCAUCAUGGUAUCUGGGUAUAGGACAAGGGAAUUUGUCCAUACGGCUGUGUCACGAUUCUUGCUUAUUGCACUGGGUGCUGGUGUUGGUUUGGGAGUAAAUAUAUGCAUUUUUCCCAUCUGGGCUGGUGAGGAUCUGCAUAAAUUGGUGGUAAAGAAUUUCAUGGGCGUCGCAAAGUCAUUGGAAGGUUGUGUUAAUGGUUACCUUAAUUGCGUUGAAUAUGAGAGAGUUCCUUCUAAGAUUCUUACCUACCAAGCUUCUGAUGACCCGCUUUACAGCGGUUACAGAUCUGCUGUGGAAUCUACCAGCCAAGAGGACGCUCUGAUGGGAUUUGCUAUCUGGGAGCCACCUCAUGGUCGUUACAGAAUGCUUAAAUAUCCAUGGAAGAACUAUGUAAAAGUAGGUGGUGCACUAAGGCAUUGUGCAUUUACGGUCAUGGCAUUGCAUGGAUGUGUACUUUCUGAAAUACAGGCUCCUGCUGAACGAAGACAAGUAUUUCGUAGGGAGCUCCAAAGAGUUGGUUUCGAAGGUGCUAAAGUGUUACGUGAACUUGGAAACAAACUGAAAAAGAUGGAGAAACUAGGUUCUGUAGAUAUACUCAAUGAAGUGCAUGAGGCUGCAGAGGAGUUACAAAAGAAAAUUGACCAGAAGUCAUACCUUCUUGUUAAUUCAGAAAGCUGGGAGAUUGGAAGUCGGCCAAAGGAGGUGGGAGAUCCUCAAGACUUAUUGAACUUGGAUGAUAACGAAAAUACGUUCCGGGAAUACAAAUCCCUUAGUGAAGCUGUGCUUGAUCUCAGAUCUUUUCCUGUGCCACAAAGUUGGGAUGGCCAAAUGCCUGCGAUGCCAACUGGCGUGAGCCCCAUACCCACUGAUGUCAACCGCUCCAACCCGCCCGUUGGUUUUUCCUCAGGAAGCAUGUUCAUGAAACAGGUUUCAUGGCCUGCAGGACUGAAAUUUGAGGUUAACGAACCUCCAGUAGCAGAAGAAUCCAAUACCUACGAAAAUGCUAGUCAAUUGUCAUUAGCCACAUUUACAUCCCUGUUGAUAGAAUUUGUUGCAAGGCUUCAAAAUCUUGUCGACUCAUUUGAAGAAUUAAGUGAGAAAGCACGUUUCAAGGAACCUGUCGAAUCACCAGAAGUAUUAGAGCCACCUCGCAGGUUUUGGACCAGAUUGCUCAACUGUCUGAAAUCCUAAAUCAACAUAUCGUGUACUAUUGCUGGAAAGCUUAGCCGCCUGAACACGACGAGACUCUCUUUAACAUAUGAUGUCGUCGGAGAAGUUUCUAGACUUCUUUGCCUUUGGCUUCUUCCGGUAUGAUGGAAUUGACUAGGGUUCACCAGAAAUAAUUAAAUAGCUAGAUAAAUACAAGAGCCAUUCCGUCACUACAGAAUCUUUGGACCAGAUUGCUCAACUGUCUGAAAUCCUAAAUCAACAUAUCGUGUACUAUUCUGCCUUAUUUAACCUGCUGUUAGUUCAGUUAUAGAAUACUAAGCCACUGAUUUCUGCUGCUGCUGCUGCUGCUGACGACAUUACUCCCAAGAACAGUCUUGCUUUCUUAGUUGACAAAGAUGAGCAUAUAAUCGCGGAUAUGUCGAUACCUUCGGUUCCGCAGGGGGGGUUAGAUAAUUUGCAGGCUACGAUUAGUAUUAUUACUCAGAGCAUUAAUGGGGAUAAUGAGAAUGGAUAUGAAACAAUAUGUUUCUGACUAACACUGCAUAUUGAUGUUGGCAUUUUUAGUUUUUGCUCCGCUAUAUAUUGUAAGCUAACUCCAGAGUUACACGCUUUAAUGAUGAUUCUGUAGUUUAUUUUUCUUUG